CGGGAGAUGUAAUUUACGUUUGUCUUAUCGCUUUAAUUUUUUUGAUAUUGUUAUUGAAAAAUGUGACACUAUUUUUACAAUAAGGACAUUAUUUUGUUAAUAGUAUAUGUGUAGUGGACGGCGAUUUAGGUUACUAUAAUGAUAUCAUGUAAAAAGUAACUCAAUUUAAAUGAAAGACCAAUCACUGUAUCCAGACACUAUGGGGAUCAUGUACGAAAAACGGCCUCUCAAGAGGCCCCGAUUAGGCCCGCCAGACGUGUAUCCGCAAGAACCUCGUCAAAAAGAAGAUGAACUCACUUCUACUAACGUAAAGCAGGGUUUUUCUACAACCCCGCAUUCUAGUGACGAGUUUGGCACUGCUAGGAAUUUCAACUAUUCUGCGUCUAAGAUAGGACAGUUUUUCUCUGGAAUUUUGUCCAAAAAGGAAGAACUUAAUACCCUUCCUGACUGUGGCAGGAAAAGACAACAAGUAAAUCCUAAAGAUAACUUCUGGCCAGCCACGGCUAGGACCAAAGCUCAAAUAGAAGCAUGGUUUAAGGAUUUAGCAGGAAGUAAGCCACUGUCCCAGCUAUCCAAAAAGGCACCCAAUUUUAAUAAGAAGGAAGAAAUAUUUAUAACAUUAACAGAAUACCAAGUGUCAAUGCCAAGAGCAGCAUGGUUCAUCAAACUUAGCUCUGCAUACACCGUGGCCGUCUCCGAAGCCAAGAUCAAGAAGAGGCAGCUCCCAGAUCCCACAACAGAAUGGACCUCUACUCUAAUUAAAUUCCUGAAAGAUCAAAUACCAAAGCUAGCAGAACAUUACCAGUGUGCAGCCUCGGGGAGCGUGUCCGACAAGACACCGCCGUCUCAGUCAGGACAAGGCACGCCCAGUCAUAAUUCCUCUGGCAACCCGCCGGGUAGCUCAACUCCUAAUAGUUCAACUAUACCUAAUUCUAUGCACUCUCCAGGGAAUACGAACACUCUGGGGUCGUCAACACCCAGCUCCUCAGAAGGCACGGACUGGCGGCAAGCCCUGAAGCUGUGGAACUACUGCUGCCGGCUCGCCAAGUACCUUAUGGACGAGGGCUUGUUAGACCGGCACGACUUUCUCACAUGGAUAAUUGACUUGCUUGAUAAGAGAGCAGCUGAUGAUGGUUUAUUGAGGCUUUUCCUUCCAUUGGCAUUACAACACAUGAGCGAAUUCGUGUUCUGCGAAGGCCUGUCGAGGCGGUUGGCGACCACUUGUGCUAAGAAAGCGGCCGCAAUCUGUUCCGUGUUGUCUGAUAGCACGAUACGCACUCUCAACCAACCUUUAGCUUUUUCCAAAAGCACAGACAGAUCAGGAGAUCCACUCAGAUCAAUGUCUCCGGCUACAGAACAAGGCAUUAACGAACUGAAACCUAUGUUAUCACAAAUGAAGCGUUCGGGAACGCCGGCGGAACACAGCCAGGGUUCUCUUAGCACCAAUCACUCCUCGUUAGGAACACCCAACCCGCACUCACUGGGUACACCUAAUCCUUUAGGCACACCGAAUCCCACGCAGGGAAUUGACGUCAAAGAAGAAUACAAUAGGCCCAUAAAGGAGGAAUAUAAUAGACCUAUAAAGGAAGAAUACAACAGACCUGUAAAGGAGGAAUAUAAUAGACCUAUAAAAGAAGAAAACGGCUCGCCUAUACGAGAUACGAAAACCACUCUGACGGCGGUGAUCACAGCAGCACUCAAUCCGAUCCAAGUGGGGUUCGGCGAGGUGUUGACCUGCCCCUACCACAGGGAUGUCAUCAUUCAACUGGCGGCGAUCUUACAGAUAAUUUGCGUAGAAUGUCCCACGGCUAUGGUAUGGUCGGGCUGUGGUUCAUCACUUCAGGGGUCGCCCCUAGACUUGCUGCCGCUGCCGCCGUCCGCUCUGCCUAUGCCUCAUAUGGACUCUGAAAUUACUGAAGACCACAGGAAAAUGGUUUAUGAAGCUGAACAGAAAAUUUCCGCAAGAAGCAAAAAGGCAGAAAGCAAAUGGUGUACUGAUAAAUGGCAAACUAGCUCUCAAGCGCGCGUGCUGGCCGUGCUGGAGGCCUUGGACCGGCACUGCUUCGACCGCGUGGAUCCCAACAAUAAUCUGGAUACGCUCUACAAGGAGGUGUUCGCUCAUUGCACGCCGCCCUCCAAGGAUACUGACAUCAAGGACCCAGAGUGGGCGUGUUCGUACGCGGUGGUGCGCGUGCUGUGCGAGUGGGCCGUGUGCGGCGCGCGCUGGGGCGAGCACCGCGCCAUGGCCGCCGCCGCGCUGCUGGACAAGCGGCAGCAGCAGCUGCUCCACCAGCACCACGACCAUCAUGCACACGCCACCGGGUCCGACGACAAGGAGUCCGUUACGUCGGGCAAUGGCCUGUACAACGGGCCUCCAAUAUUCCAAAGCCUUUUAUUACGAUUCCUAGACUGCGACGCGCCUGUACUAGACGACAGUCCGAACGUGCCGCCAAGCAACCGGCAACAGUUCGCCAACCUGGUGCACCUGUUUGGCGAGCUUAUACGCCGCGACGUGUUCUCGCACGACGCUUACAUGUGCACGCUCAUCUCGAGAGGCGACCUGAUUUCCCCGACGGAACCCACGUCGUCGUCGGGCAGCAGCAGCACCGCGGCCCCCGCCACCGGCGGCAGCGCCUCGCACAACAUGGACGACGACACAUUCGAGGGCAUCGACCUCAAACCCAAGAUGGAGGAACAGGCGCGAAUGGAUAUGGACGGUUCGAAAAUAGACGACGAACUCCAUAUGCUGUUGCAAAAUAUCAAAGAAGAUCAACAAAACUCUAUGGACGCGCCUGACAGCCCCAAGGAUCCCGGAGAAUCGUCACACAGCGUCAACUCUCCCAUGAUGGGCUCUGGCAGCAUGAGCAUACCUGGUAUGAACUCAAUGGGAAUGGGUCCCAUGUCCGUCUCAGGCAUGCGCACGGGGUCGGCGGGCGAGUCGUCCGGCAGCACGGCGCCGGCGGCGGCGUCGCGGCACUACAGCUACACCAUGCACUUCCCGCUGCCGCCCGCCGAGCCCGACCACACGCCGCACGACGCCAACCAGCGCCACAUCCUGCUGCACGGCGUCGGACGCCAGCGCGACGACGCCAAGCAUCAAGUCAAGAAGAUGACCAAAGAAAUAUGCAAAUUAUUUUCAAAGAAAUUCUCAAUCGACGUGGCCGAGGGCGGCAAAGUGAAGAAACACGCUCGGAGCGAGUUCAACUUCGAAGCCGUCACACAAAAAUUUCAAGCGAUGUCGAUGUACGAGCAAGGCGCGGUGUCGUGGGCGGUGGGCGGCGCGGUGUGCGAGGCGCUGGCGGCCUACGCGGCGGGCGCCACCACCUACCUGCCGCAGCCCGAGCACGUCGCCUUCGCUCUCGACCUCAUGGAGAUAGCGCUUAAUGUGCACGGUCUUAUCGAGACCUGUAUACAGAUUUUGAAAGAGCUGUCAGAGGUGGAAGGCGCGCUGAUAGCGCGCGGCGCGCCGAGCACCGGGCUCGCGGCGCCGCGCGCGUACACCUCUGCGCUGGCGCUAUACACGGUCGGCGCUCUCCGGAGAUACCACUCCUGCUUGCUGUUGUGCGUAGAGCAGACGUCGGCGGUGUUCGAGCAGCUGUGCCGGCUGGUGAAGUGCGUGGUGAACCCGGGCGACUGCGGCUCGGCGGAGCGCUGCGUGCUGGCGCAGCUGCACGACCUGUACAAGGCGGCCGCGCACCUCUGCCACGCGCCGCACGCCGACACCUUCGCCAACGCCUACCCCAAGAUCAAGCAAGCGCUGUACUCGCCGCUGCAGCCGACUCCCUCGAGCUAUGUGUACAACCCGCAGUUCCUCAGCGAGUUCUUCGCCAACCCGCGCAAGGGUAAACUAGAAAUGUCUUGGGCGCGGCAAGUGGGUGAGUCGGCGGCCAACAGGUAUAGCUUCGUGUGCUCCGCCAUGCUGGCAGUGUGCCGCGAAGUUGACAACGACAGAGUGAACGAGCUGGGCGUGCUAUGCGCGGAGAUGACAGCGUGGUGCAGCGGACUGGCGGCCGAGUGGGUGGGCGCGCUCGUGGCGCUGUGCGGCGCGCAGCACUACCCCGCCGCGCCGCACGCCGCGCCGCCGCCGCUCUACCCCGACCUGCUGCACCACCGCGACCUGCACGACGCCGCCGCGCACGAUGCGCUCGCCGUCUUCACCUGCAUAUUAGUCGCGCGGCACUGUUUCUCCCUGGAGGAUUUCGUGCGGCACGCGGCCCUGCCGUCGCUGGUGAAGGCUUGCGGCGGCGGCGCGGCCGGCAACCCCGCCAACGCGCCCUCGCCGGACACCGGCGCGCGCCUCACCUGCCACCUGCUGCUGCGACUCUUCAAGACCAUCGACACGCCUCAGCCGGGGUUGUACUCGGUGUCGACGUCGCCGGGGCCGGGCGGCGGCGCGGCGGGCGUGCGCCUCUCCUGCGACCGCCACCUGCUGGCCGCCGCGCACAAGAACAUCGGCGUGGGGCCCGUGCUCGCCACUCUCAAGGCUAUACUCAUGGUGGGCGACUCAACGGCGCGUGAUAACGGCAAGUCGGGCGGCAAGAAGUCGUGCGAGCUCUCGCACAUCCUGGGCACGAGCGACGCGGCGCCCGCCGACGCGCAACUUGACCUCAUAUCGAUAGACUCAGAGAUGAGUGGGGGCCAUAGAACUCCUAGGGGUAGCGGCGGCGUCGGGUCCACGUUAUUAGAUUCGUCGCAGUCGCUGUCCUCGCUGGCGAGGCACGUGCUGCAGGAGAUCUGCUCCGAGGAGUGGGUGCUGCAGAAAUGUCUCCAGAACCCGGACGAGUUGUACCAGCCCGACAUGCUCCUCGACUCCAUGCUCACGCCGCGCCAGGCGCAAAGACUGCUGCAUAUGAUCUGUUACCCCGACUCGGCCAGCCACACGCAGCCCGAUCUCGACCAGAAGACCAUGGUCACUCGUCUGCUAGAGAAUCUCGAACAGUGGUCGCUGCGCAUGUCGUGGCUGGACCUGCAGCUGAUGUUCAAGCAGUUCGCGAGCGGCUCGUCGGAGCUAAACGCGUGGCUGGAGAUGGUGGCGCGCGCCGUGGUGGCCGUGUUCCAGCAGCCAGCGCCGCCGCCGCCCGACAAGGACAGGACGGGCACGGACCGCGGCGUGGUCAGCACGAGCAAGUGGUCGGAGUCGGUGUGGCUGGUGGCGCCGCUAGUGGCCAAGCUGCCCGCCGCCGUGCAGGGCCGCGUGCUCAAGCAGGCUGGACAGAUUUUAGAGACCGGUUGGGGCACCGGCUGUAACGGCGGCUGCAACAACGGCGGCGGCGCCAGCUCGCAUCGCGACUGCAAAAGCCACCAGAGCCCAAGCUACAAGGGGUCGUCAAGCAGCAACAGCGGUGGUAAGCGCGGCGUGAGCGGCACCAGCUGCGCCGGCACUAGCUGCUCGUGCCGCACUGGCAGCGCAGUGCGGCUCGCCAACGAGCCGCUGCUAUCGCUAGUGCUCACCUGCCUGCGCCACCAGGACGAUCAAAAGGAGAGCUUGCUAAGCUCCAUCCACGCACAACUGCAGCACUACCUGACACACGCGCGCGAGCACGAGCGCGGCGCGGCGUGCGGCGACGCGUGGCAGGAGGAGGCGGCGCCCGAGGCGCUGCAGCUGCGCUUCUCGCUCGCCGGCGGCAUGUUCGACGCCGUGCGCCGCUCCUACCAGCUCACAUCCGACUGGGCCGUGCUGCUGGCGCAGCUGCUCACCAACCAGCUGGUCGACGCCUACAACAACAGCGAUCUAUUCACGACUCUGAUCGACAUGCUGGCGACGCUGAUCCACUCGACGCUGGCGGAGGGCUGCGACGACAAUAACCGCAAGCACUACCAGAACCUGAUGAAGAAGCUGAAGAAGGAGAUCGGCGACCGUCACGGCGGCGCCGUGCAGAGCGUUCGCCAGCUGCUGCCGCUCUCCAAGAACACCAUCGUCGAGGUCAUCGCGUGCGAGCCGCUCGGCCUCGUCAUCGAUCAGAAGGGCAAUAAGAUUACCGGCUUUGAUAACGAUAACAAACAGGGCCUGCGACUGACGGACAAGCAGCGCGUGUCGGGCUGGGAGCUGGUGGAGGGCGGGCGCAACCCCGCGCCGCUGUCCUGGGCCUGGUUCGCCGCCACCAAGGUGGAGCGCAAGCCACUCACCUACGAGAACGCGCACAGGUUGCUGAAGUACCACACGCACAGCCUGGUGAAGCCGCUCAGCUACUACCUGGAGCCGCUGCCGCUGCCGCCCGAGGACCUGGACAACAACGACAGUAAACAGGACUGUGGAAGCUUCGAUUCAAGUCCAACUGGUUCUGGAAAAGGUCGCAAGUUACCUUGUAGUAAGAAAAUUAUUAAUAAGAAACCAAAAGUUACUACACCGACGAACGGGCAGGGCGCCGUGGCGGGCGCGGGGCUGGCGCCGGCGCCGGCGCAGCAGCCGCAGUUCAUGCAGCAGCAGCAGCAGCAGUGGUUCCCGCCGCACUCGCAGAAUUACUACAACCCACAAGUGGGAGCCAAUCCACGCGGCGUGGCGCCGCCCGCCAACACGCAGUCCAAGCAGGCGCUGAGCCACAUGCUGCGCCAGCGCGUGCCCUACAACCAAAUGUCGCAGAUGCAGGGGGCCGGUUAUCCUGGAGCUCCGCAUGCGCGAGGGCCUUUCCCGCGGCAGGGCAUGCGCCAGAUGCAGCCUAACCAAAUGGGGCAAAUGGGGCCAUCUAAUCAAAUGAAUACAAUUGGUGCAAUGGGAGGGAUGGGCCCGAUGGGCCAAAUGGGCGGAGUCCAGAUGGGUGCCGGUCAAAUGGGAGCCGGGCAGAUGGGUGCCAGUCAAAUGGGAGCCGGGCAGAUGGGUACCGGUCAAAUGGGAGCCGGGCAGAUGGGCGCCGGCCAGAUGGGCGCGAGCCAGAUGGGCGCGGGCCAGAUGGGAGGCGGGCAAAUGGGCAACAUGGGCGGCCAGAUGUUCGGCGGGCAGUACGGCGGCAUGCAACAGGGCUACGCAGGCUACGGCCAGCAGAUGAUGCAAGGUGGCCAGCAACAGAUGAUGAAUCAGGGAAUGGGGCAAGGCGUCAGUCAAAUGGGGCAGCAAGUAAACACAAUGAACCAAGGGGUUGGCUCCAUUGGGCAGAACGUCGGGCAGAUGAAUCAGGGCGUCGGGCAGUCGGGCCAGAUCGGCCAAGGCAUGGGCCAGAUGGGCCCGAGCAUGGGGCAGAUGGGACAAACAAUGGGGCAAAUGGGCCAGAUGGGCCAGGGCGGAGGAAUGGGUUCCAUGACGAACCAAGGCAACACUAUGGGACCGCAAGGCAGCAAUACUAUGAGUGGCUUCCCUGGUCAACAAACGUUCCAACAGAAUAUGAUGGGAGGCCGAUCCAGUCAAGAAGCACAAUACCUAGCGCAGAGGCAAAAUGCGCGACCUCAGUACAUGCAGGCGCCGAACGUUACGAUGGGCGGCAUAGGCGGGCCGGCGCCGCCGUACCCGCGCGGCAUGCAGCCGCAGACCUCGGCACAGUACCAGCAGAUGUCGCAGCAGCAGCAGCGCAUGCGCCAGCAGAUGCUCGCCAUGCAGCAGCAGGGCCCGCUCGUCCAGCACCUGCAGCGCAACCAGUACCAGCCGCCCUACUGACUGCCGCGACACUAGCCUCCACCACCACCUCAUAAUAGUAAUAACGACAAUAUUCCCGAUCGAGUAUCGCUCGAUCUCGCGGGUUACUACUGUUCCUGAUAAAAUGUUCACAUGAAU